GAGAAAAAAAAAAUAAAGAAGAAAGAAGAACAACGGCAAUGUUGUUGAUUUGAGCUGUCAAAUUAGAUUUGGACAACAUCUUCAUUGCAAAUGUCAUAUUCGCACUGUUUGCUUCGUAAAUGGACAAAGCGAGACGAUGCAUGACGAUAUCAUUUGUUUCAACGGAAUGGACAAUUGUGAGACCGAUGAUGCUGCCGCUCAAAUUUUAUCAACUAACACGUAUACUGGGACAACAACCGUGAUGCCGUCAUUUUACGAUCGAUGCGAUCCAAGCAAUUUAACAUCGUUCAAUUGUACAAAAGAGGAAUUUUUAUUCUAUUCACGGGGCGAUGAUGUUGCGAGCAUGUGGUUAACAAUGCCGGUAACGACUUCGUACACGCUUAUCUUGUUGGCCGGAAUUAUUGGAAACUUGACGGUUUGCAGCAUAAUAAUUCGUAAUCGAUCAAUGCACACCACCACAAAUUAUUAUUUGUUCAAUUUGGCGAUAGCAGACCUGCUUUAUCUAUUGCUCGGACUGCCGUUUGAAAUUUACAUGUUCUGGAAUCAAUAUCCCUGGCCAUUUAGUUCGGAAUUUUGUAAAUGCCGUACAUUAUUGUCCGAUUCGUGUACUUAUGCGAGUGUAUUAACGAUUGUUGCAUUCUCUGUUGAGCGUUACAUUGCAAUUUGUCAUCCAUUGUGUUCAUAUGUGAUGGACAACUUAAAACGUGUUGUUUAUGUUAUUGCUCUAAUUUGGAUUUUUAGCUUUUUAAGUGCCACACCAGUUGCAUUGAAUAGAUACGUGCAUUUCGUUCGAUAUCCACCACCAAACGGACCUGAAAUACCUGAAUCGGGAAUUUGCACGUUGGACACAAGCUUCAAAGGACUGUAUGAGAUGUCAACGCUUAUAUUUUUUGUCAUUCCAUUAGUUAUUCUAAUCAUAAUGUAUACGCAAAUUGCAUCCAAACUAAAUAGUCGUGAAGAAAAUCGCAACAAUGGACAGCUCGGUGAAUCAUCAAAUGCAAAAACAAAAACAAAACAUUUAAAAUCGAAAAAGAGAGUCAUACGCAUGUUGCAUUGCAUUGUAGUUACAUUUUUUAUUAGCUGGGCUCCGUUUCAUGCGCAACGACUUGUAUUCAUUUAUGGCAAAGAUUGGAACAACUACGAUCAAAUUAAUGAAUUUUUAUUCACAAUUGCUGGAGUUUUUUAUUACAUGUCGUGCACAAUUAAUCCAAUAAUUUAUAAUGUCAUGUCACAUCGUUACCGAAAAGCAUUUCGACAAACGUUUUGUUGUCAAGAAAACGGCAGUCAAACGACAACACAAACACAGUUUUAAAUGAACAAUAAAACAUGAUUUCAACAAAUUAAACUAAAA